UUUACUCUGUUUGCUACUCUCACACCGAGUCCUGCCCCCCUCACACCGAGUCCUGCCCCCUCACACCAAGUCCCCCCCCUCUCUCACACCAAGUCCCCCCUCUCACACCAAGUCCCCCCUCUCACACCAAGUCCCCCUCUCACACCAAGUCCCCCUCUCUCACACCAAGUCCCCCCCCUCUCUCACACCAAGUCCCCCCUCUCACACCAAGUCCCCCCCUCUCACACCAAGUCCCCCCCCUCUCACACCAAGUCCCCCCUCUCACACCAAGUCCCCCCUCUCACACCAAGUCCCCCCUCUCACACCAAGUCCCCCCUCUCACACCAAGUCCCCCCCUCUCACACCAAGUCCCCCCCCUCUCACACCAAGUCCCCCCCACUCUCACACCGAUUCCCCCCACUCUCACACCGAUUCCCCCCCACUCUCACACCGAUUCCCCCACACCGAUUCCACUCUCACACCGAUUCCCCCCCCACUCCCCUCCCCACUCUCACACCGAUUCUCCCCCCCACUCUCACACCGAGUCCCCCCACUCUCCACACCGAUUCCCCCCACUCCCUCCCCACUCUCACACCGAUUUCCCCCCCCCACUCUCACACCGAGUCCCCCCUCUCACACCGAGUCCCCCCUCUCACACCGAGUCCCGCCCCUCUCACACAGCUAG